AGGCGGGACCACGCCAGGAGCACGCCCCGCCCCCCUGCGCCAGGCGCCCGCCCCGUCCACGUGUCCAAUACGGUGGGUCCCACCCCGGAUGUUCGCCCCUCGCUAACCGAGCCCGAGGCCAUGGCGAACCAGGUUAUCAGGUGCAAGGCUGCGGUUGCCUGGGAGGCAGGAAAGCCUCUCUGUAUAGAGGAGGUGGAGGUGGCACCCCCAAAGGCUCAUGAAGUUCGAAUUAAGAUUAUUGCCACUGCAGUUUGCCACACCGAUGCCUAUACCCUGAGUGGGGCUGAUCCUGAAGGGAGUUUUCCAGUGAUCCUGGGACAUGAAGGUGCUGGAAUUGUGGAAAGUGUUGGUGAAGGAGUUACUAAGCUGAAGGCAGGUGAUACUGUCAUCCCACUUUACAUCCCACAGUGUGGAGAAUGCAAAUUUUGUCUAAAUCCUAAAACAAACCUUUGCCAGAAGAUAAGAGUUACUCAGGGGAAAGGAUUAAUGCCAGAUGGUACUAGCAGAUUUACUUGCAAAGGAAAGACCAUUUUACAUUACAUGGGAACCAGCACGUUUUCUGAAUAUACAGUUGUGGCUGAUAUCUCUGUUGCUAAAAUUGAUCCUUUAGCACCUUUGGAUAAAGUCUGCCUUCUGGGUUGUGGCAUUUCAACUGGUUAUGGUGCUGCUGUGAACACAGCCAAGGUGGAGCCUGGCUCUACUUGUGCCGUCUUCGGCCUGGGAGGAGUUGGACUGGCUGUUAUCAUGGGCUGUAAGGUGGCUGGUGCAUCCCGGAUCAUUGGUGUGGACAUCAAUAAAGAUAAAUUUGCAAGGGCCAAGGAGUUUGGAGCCGCUGAAUGUAUUAACCCCCAGGACUUCAGUAAACCCAUCCAGGAAGUGCUCACUGAAAUGACUGACGGGGGAGUGGACUAUUCCUUCGAGUGUAUUGGUAACGUGAAAGUCAUGAGAGCGGCGCUGGAGGCCUGCCACAAGGGCUGGGGUGUCAGCGUGGUAGUUGGAGUAGCUGCUUCGGGUCAAGAAAUCGCCACUCGCCCGUUUCAGCUGGUCACAGGCCGCACGUGGAAAGGCACUGCCUUUGGAGGAUGGAAGAGUGUAGAAAGUGUCCCGAAGUUGGUGUCUGAAUAUAUGUCCAAAAAGAUAAAAGUUGAUGAAUUUGUGACUCAUAAUCUGUCUUUUGACCAAAUUAAUGAAGCCUUUGAACUGAUGCAUGCAGGAAAGAGCAUUCGAACCGUUGUAAAGCUUUAAAUUCAACAGAGAAAACAUGUUCAUCCUUAUACCUAAGGCUUGUGGUCCAACUGGAACAGCCAGACAAGCAGGGAGAAGAUCUUCCAAGUCCACAGCCCCUUAGACCUUCUAGACCUUCUCUACUACUACUUCUAGAGUAACCUACUCUAGGCAAUAGUAUUUUUUGUGUAAUUCAUAAAUCUCUAAUCAAGGACAAGGCUAAUACAGUCAUAUAUCUGUCUUCUGAACUCUCCUUCACAUGAAUAAUUGGCAGCUCAUUAAGGAAUAUUCUAACAUAAUAAAAGUAAUUUCUGUGUAUGUA